AUGAGGCGCAGCCUGAGGAAGAUGCUGAGCCCUGGGAAGCAGGAGGAGCCCCAGGGCGCAGUCUACCAGGGUGUGGAGAACGACAUGGACGACUCCAAGGACUCGCUUAAGGUGGUUUUUGAAGGAAGUACAUGUAGACUUAAAAACCUUCUGAAGAAACGAAAGAAAUUAAGCAAAUAUGAUGAUAUGAAUGCAUCCCCUUUGCACCAUGCUGCAGCAGAAGGUCAUGUGGAGCUGAUGGAGAUGAUCAUCAAUGACUCCUCUUUUGAAGUGCUGAACGUCAUGGAUGAUUAUGGAAAUACCCCUCUGCACUGGGCUGCAGAAAAAAACCAGGUUGAAAGUGUGAAGUUUCUUCUUAGUAAAGGAGCUAACCCAAACCUCCGGAACAGCAGCAUGAUGGCGCCCCUUCACAUAGCUGUGCAGAGCUUGCACAACGAGGUGAUGAAGGUCUUGACUGAGCACAGCAGUACAGAUAUUAAUUUGGAAGGAGAAAAUGGAAACACAGCUGUGAUAAUUGCAUGUUCCAAAGACAACAGUGAAGCACUGCAAAUCUUGUUAAAUAAAGGAGCUCAGCCAUGUAAAUCAAAUAAAUGGGGAUGUUUCCCUAUUCACCAGGCUGCGUUCUCAGGUGCCAAAAAAUGCAUGGAAAUAAUAUUAAAGUUUGGUGAAGAACAUGGAUAUAGUAGACAGUCUCACAUUAAUUUUGUGAAUAAUGGGAAAUCUAGCCCCCUGCACAUGGCUGUUCAAAGUGGUGACUUGGAGAUGAUUAAAAUGUGCUUGGACAACGGUGCACAGUUGGAACUGAUGGAAAAUGGGAAGUGCACACCCCUUCAUUUUGCUGCCACCCAGGGAGCCACUGAGAUUGUUAAGCUGAUGAUAUCCUCUUAUUCUGGUAGCAGCGAUAUCGUCAACGCAGUGGAUGGAAAUCAUGAGACACUCCUUCACAGAGCCUCACUAUUUGAUCACCAUGAACUGGCAGACUACUUAAUUUCAGUGGGAGCAGAUAUUAAUAGCACCGAUUCGGAAGGACGUUCUCCACUUAUAUUAGCAACUGCCUCUGCAUCUUGGAAUAUUGUAAAUUUGCUACUCUCUAAAGGUGCCCGUGUAGACAUAAAAGAUCAUCUUGGACGUAAUUUUUUGCAUUUGACGGUACAGCAGCCUCAUGGAUUAAAAAAUCUGCAACCUGAGUUUAUGCAGAUGCAGCAUAUUAAACAACUGGUAAUGGAUGAAGAUGAUGACGGGUGUACCCCUCUACAUUAUGCGUGUAGACAUGGGAUUCCUGUCUCUGUAAAUAACCUACUUGACUUUAAUGUGUCCAUUCAUUCCAAAAGUAAAGAUAAGAAAUCACCCUUACAUUUUGCAGCCAGUUAUGGGCGAAUCAAAACUUGUCAGAGGCUUCUGCAAGACAUGAGUGACACGAGGCUUUUGAAUGAAGGUGACCUUCAUGGAAUGACACCUCUGCACCUAGCCGCAAAAAAUGGGCAUGAUAAAGUAGUUCAACUUCUUCUGAAAAAAGGUGCAUUAUUUCUCAGUGACCACAAUGGCUGGACUGCUUUGCAUCAUGCUUCCUUAGGCGGGUACACUCAGACCAUGAAGGUCAUUCUUGACACUAACUUGAAGUGCACAGAUCAGCUAGAUGAAGAAGGGAACACUGCGCUUCACUUUGCUGCAAGGGAAGGCCAUGCCAAAGCCGUUGCACUUCUUCUGAGCUACGAUGCUGACAUCGUCCUGAACAAGCAGCAGGCCUCCUUUUUGCAUGUUGCAAUUCACAAUAAGAGGAAGGAGGUGGUUCUUACGACCAUCAAGAACAAAAGAUGGGAAGAAUGCCUUAAGGUUUUUAGUCAUUAUUCUCCAAGCAAUAAAUGUCCAGUCAUGGAAAUGGUAGAAUACCUCCCUGAAUGCAUGAAAGUCCUUUUAGAUUGUUGCAUAAUCCCCUCCACAGGAGACAAGUCUUGCAAAGACUACCAUAUCGAGUAUAAUUUCACAUAUCUUCAGUGUCCAUUAGAAUUUACCAAGAAAGUAACACCUGCACAGGAUGUUACAUAUGAGCCUCUUACAACCCUCAAUGUAAUGGUACAACAUAACCGCAUAGAACUUCUCAACCAUCCUGUAUGUAAAGAAUACUUACUUAUGAAAUGGCUGGCUUAUGGGUUUAGAGCCCAUGUUAUGAACUUAGGAUCUUACUGUAUUGGUCUCCUACCUAUGACAUUUCUUGUUACCAGUAUAAAGCCAGGUAUGGCUUUCAACUCAACUGGAAUCAUCAAUGAAACUCAUGAUCAUUCAGAAAUAUUAGACACUAAGAAUUCAUAUUUUAUAAAAGUUUGCAUGAUUUUAGUUUUUUUAUCAAGUAUAUUUGGAUAUUGCAAAGAAGUGGUCCAAAUUUUCCAACAGAAAAGGAACUAUAUUUUGGAUAACGCCAAUGCAGUUGAAUGGAUUAUCUACACAACAAGCAUCAUUUUUGUGUCCCCCUUAUUUGUUGGUAUACCAGCUUCUGUGCAGUGGCAAUGUGGGGCAAUUGCUAUAUAUUUCUACUGGAUGAACUUCUUGUUGUAUCUUCAGAGAUUUGAAAAUUGUGGAAUUUUCAUUGUUAUGUUGGAGGUAAUUGUGAAAACUUUGUUAAGGUCUACGGUCGUGUUUGUCUUCCUUCUUCUGGCUUUUGGUCUCAGCUUUUACGUCCUCCUGAGCUUGCAGGAUGCUUUCAGCUCUCCAUUGCUUUCUAUAAUCCAGACCUUCAGCAUGAUGCUAGGAGAUAUUAAUUACCGUGAUGCCUUCUUAGAACCGUUUUUGAGAAACGAAUUGGCAUAUCCAGUUCUGUCCUUCAUACAGAUUAUUGCCUUUACCAUGUUUGUUCCAAUUGUGCUCAUGAAUUUACUUAUUGGUUUGGCCGUUGGCGACAUUGCAGAGGUCCAGAAGCAUGCAUUGUUGAAGAGGAUUGCUAUGCAGGUGGAACUUCAUACCAGCUUAGAGAAGAAGCUGCCCCUCUGGUUCCUACGCAGAGUAGACCAGAAAUCCGUCGUUGUGUAUCCCAACAGACCCAGAUGUUCAGGGUUAUUGCGUAUAUUUCAAUUUCUUUUUCACACCAAAGAAACAAGACAGGAAAUUCCAAAUGUUGACACAUCUCUAGAAAUAGAAAUAUUGAAGCAAAAAUAUCGGCUGAAGGAUCUCACUUCUCUUCUGGAAAAACAGCAUGAGCUUAUCAAACUCAUCAUUCAGAAGAUGGAAAUCAUCUCUGAGACAGAGGAUGAAGAUAACCAUAGUUCUUUUCAAGAUAGGUUUAAAAAAGAACGGUUAGAACAAAGGAAUAGCAAGUGGAAUUCUGUAUUGAAAGCUGUAAAGACAAAGACCCACAGCCCUUUGCCUUAGGCUGCAGUGGGGCUUCCUAUCGGGGGGAAGUUUGCAUGACCCUGUUGGGUCCAAUUUCCAGGUUAGCAAAAGUGAGGAAAAAGCAGAACUAGGACUCUGAUUUCACUACAUAUGAAAGGAUGGUUCCUGUAUUCUUUGUAAAAUAAACCUUCUCUCUAUUCAUAUUUUAUGCCAGUUAGUAUAUAUAGAGAAUAUCCUUGCUAAUGAGUUCAAGUUGUACUUCACUUCUCAUUAUUUGAGUAGAAAACUGACUUGUUAGAACAUACAUUUUAAUAAGGACUAAUAACAAAUAGCAUGGAGGACAAGGGGCGUUAGAGAGGAGUAGGGAAUUUG